AUGCGAGUCACGGACGGAUAUUGCCUAGAAAACCCUCUGUGCGAAUCAUUGGGCGCGUUGUGUAGAUGGUUAAUGGAAGAUGAGCGCGUGGAUCGCGUUCGCGGCCUUUCUCCCGGAAAGGGUUUGAGCCGGAAACGUAUUCGGGCUGUAUUUGAAAAUCUUGUACGAGGGAAGAGUCAGGAAAAGUGGGAAAACCAGAGCAAAGCUUUAGUUGCAGCGGGCGCUCGGAGGCGCUCCCGGGAGAUGCCCGGAUCCCGCCAGGUGGCGACGCCGCGCCGCUCCCGCCGCCGGCGCUUCCCCCUCUGCCCGAAAUCCCUCUCUGCCAGGAGCCCCUCCGCUGGGAACCCCCUCUUUGCCAGCAGCCCCACUCCACCGGGAGCCCUUCUCUGCCAGGAGCCCCCUCUUUGGGAUCUCGUGCAUCUGCUGUGCCUGGACUUCACCGUGGCCGAGAAGGAGGAGUGGUACACGGCCUUCGUCAACAUCACCUACGCCGACCCGGCGGCCGGCGGCGCCGAGCUCCGCAGCGAGAAGAGCGAGUGCGGGCGCUACGGCGAGCAGUCGCCCAAGCAGGACGCCCGCGGGCUGGUGGCCCUCUCCGCCUUGCCCGCCGAGCGCGACGCCUGCGAGCCCGGCACCCGCUUCAACACCCCGGCGCCGGGCAAGAGCUGGGUGGCCCUGAUCCCGCGGGGAAACUGCACCUACAAGGACAAGAUCCGCCACGCCGCCGCGCAGAACGCCUCCGCCGUCGUCAUCUAUAACCUGGGCUCCAGCAACGCCAACGAGACCAUCACCAUGCCCCACGCAGGCUUAGAAGAUGUUGUGGCAAUAAUGAUUCCUGAGCCCAAAGGCAAAGAGAUAGUGAGCCUGCUGGAGAGGAACAUCACCGUGAUGAUGUACAUAACCAUCGGGACGCGCAACCUGCAGAAGUACGUCAGCCGCACCUCGGUGGUGUUCGUCUCCAUCUCCUUCAUCGUGCUGAUGAUCAUCUCCCUGGCGUGGCUGGUCUUCUACUACAUCCAGAGAUUCCGCUACGCCAACGCCAGGGACAGGAAUCAGCGCCGGCUUGGAGAUGCUGCGAAGAAAGCAAUCAGCAAGCUGCAAGUCAGGACCAUCAGGAAAGGUGACAAGGAGACUGAGCCGGACUUUGAUAACUGUGCUGUUUGUAUCGAAGGCUACAAGCCCAAUGAUGUUGUCAGGAUAUUGCCUUGCAGGCACCUUUUCCACAAGUCCUGUGUAGACCCCUGGCUGCUAGACCAUCGUACCUGCCCGAUGUGUAAAAUGAAUAUUCUAAAAGCUCUAGGGAUUCCGCCAAAUGCAGAUUGCAUGGAUGACAUACCUCCAGACUUGGAAGCAUCCAUAGGAGGCCCCCCCACCAACCAGAUCACGGGGGCCAGUGACAUAACGGUGAACGAGAGCUCGGUGGCCCUGGACCCCCCGGCCCGCCCCGUGGGAGUGCUGCAGGUCAUCCAGGACGUCGACUCCUUUCCCCAGGCUGGAGAGGGCAACUUCACCACAAGCAAUGAACAGGAGCCAGCAGUCAGCAGUGAUUCAGAUAUUUCACUGAUUAUGGCCAUGGAGGUUGGACUGUCUGACGUGGAGCUCUCCACUGAUCAAGACUGCGAAGAGGUGAAAUCUUGAAAAAGAGAGCUCCAGCACUAAACUGCAGGGGAGGGUCACAGGUAGGGACAGAGCCAGCUUUCUAGGGUUUGGACCAGUCAUGCACAUGCCUCCAGAGCACUGUCACUCCUGCACACUCCAUGCUGAGAUGGUCGUGAAAAGCAAUAGCAGCUGUUGUGUCUGCCUGGAUGUGGUUUCAUCACCUGCACCCCUUCGUUUGGCUCACAUGGGAUGGACACUUCCAGCUCACCCACGUGCUUGAGAGCAGUCAUGGACCUCUCCAGGGGCUCCUAAACAUGCAACUGAAAUGACAGCUUGAGUGUUUUCUACACUUGUUCAAUCCAUUUUUUGUUGGGUUUUUUGAAAAGGCAUAUGUUUAUUUUUAUUUGUUUGUUGGUUUAUAGUUUGUUAUGGAUGGACGCUCUGUUUUUAUUGACUGACCCCAGCUUUUUCAAGAGUUCAGUCCACAAAUCUGAAUUCCUCUUCACUGGUCACUUCAUGAUCUGACCAGGAGUUAUCAUUGCCUUGUUGUUUCUGCAUGAAUUACGUGUGGCUGGCUUCAGAAGGAUGAUGCACCAGCACCCUGCAUUAAUGUAACACCUGCUUUCAGUAAGUGGAAGGCUUGGAAAUGGCAUAUUCUGAAGGCUUUUAUUUGUAAGAGAGCUCUGAAUUAGCAGAAAUUUGGGUCAAAACAGCAUUAGUUUGUCUUUUACUUAGAGCUCUGUUCUAGACAAGAAUUGUACAGUGAGAAGGAGAGAAAGAAAAGCUUAAAGCAUCACUCCGUCCAUGUAGUCCUGUCCUGUAUUUUAUGCUAUUCACAGGUGUCAGUGGUCUUCCUUCAAGUGACAAUUCAGUAGCUGGAAAAAAAGAACUAGCAGAACAUCAUUUCUUUUCUUAAUUUUACAGACCAAAACCAGAUCAGUGGGCUAAAGGAGCAUCUGAGAGGUUUCCAGAGGCUGCUUAUUAACAGUUCUGCAUUAAGUGGGCGGCUGUGUUCUUACAAAGGGUCUGGAGAUGCUGCUGUCAGUGUCAGAAAUUGCUAAGGGAGCAAGAGGCAGUCAUUUGAAAUGUUUAAUUCCUGCUUUGCUUUGGGUCCUUUCCCUUAGUGAGUUUCAUUUCUUAUAUAUUGACAGCAGUUUUUGUCUGCUUGUUAUCUAUCAGGAGUUCAGGUGGUUUAUUGCCCUCCAGAGUCCCUGUCAAUGUUGCAUAAAGAAUAUUUUCAAUUUGUAUACAGAUACAUAUACCAAAAUAUAUUGGGGAGGGAAUUUGAAAAUAAAAGGACUAACAUAAAUCAAAACACCUAAAUAGUAAUGACCUGACAUAAUAAUUUAUUUCAUCCUGAGCUCUGCUUUCCAGGUAAGAGCUCAUUGUUAAUUGUUCAGGGUAUGAUUUGGUUUUUCAGUCAAAAUACUCAGCUGUGAAGAAGCUCACUGUUACACAAGAGUACAUAGUUUCUGCUGAGAGUCAGAUGAUUUCAAUCACAUUACUGCCUCCUGAGUCAGUCCACAGAAUCAACAAUUCAUCUUACACUGAAAUUUCAUGCAGAGGUCAAAUAUUUUGACUUGGCAGUGUCAUGGCAGCAUCUCUAAAUGCAACUGUUUGGGCUCACUACAUUUAAUCUCCUUGUGGAUUUACUUAUUAAAUGUGAAAACCAGCUUCCAGCCAAAAUUUGAAUUUGUCAGAUUUUAUUCAGGAACCAAUGUGUUUAAAACUAGCCCUAAAAUUUUGGCCGACUUGCUCCUUUAGUACAGAAAGAAGGAAAAAAUAUUCUUCUUGCUCUUUUGUCCAUUUAGAGCUAAUUAAACAUUUGGUUUAAUUUUGUUUUAUGUUCUUAGGCCCUUAAUUGUGGGGUAAUCUUGAGGUAAAGGUUUUAAACUGAAAGAGGGCAGAUAUUAGAAAUAAAUUGUUACUGUGGUGAGGCACUGGUAGAGGUUGACCAGAGAAGCUGUGGAUGCCUGAUCCCUAAAAAUGUUCUGAGCUACCUGGGGUAGGGAGAGAUGUCCCUGGCCAUGGCAGAGGGUUUGGAACUAGGUGAUCUUUAAAGUCAUUUCCAACCCAAGCCAUUCUGUGAUUCUAUGAAAAUGACCCAUAAAUGUUCUAAAUCUUUAGAAGCCAUUGGAAUGAAAAUCUUUUUUCAGUUUAAGAGAUAGAGGCAGCUGGAAAUCUUGGUUAAAAAAGGAAGUUACAGACUGUUCCAGAGGGUCAGUCUUGACAAUAUUUGUGGUUCUGUAAUCUUGUUUUCCUUGUUCUUUUAUGUCUUCUCUAUUCCUUGCUGCUAUGGGAAAGGCCUGACACAUCAAUGUUAAAAUUGACCCCUACAUUGCACAAGGUACUGCAUCAGCUCCACUUAAGCUCUGUAAAUAAUGCUGAAAUGGGAUUUAAGUGGUGCAUACAUCAAAUUUUGACCCAGGAAUGAAAUUAAUUUCAAACAACUGCAGGGGAAGGAGUGAGGCUGAUUAUAUCCAGUCAGGGCUCCUUAUAGAAAGUCCACACACACUGGUACAAUUUCUGGAGUGUGGGUGCUGCAU